GGUGGGAAUAACGCAGGUCAUACUGUGGUCGUUGAUGGGAAGGAAUAUGAUUUUCACCUAUUUCCUAGUGGCAUCAUUAAUCCAAAGGCAAUUUCUUUUAUUGGUAACGGAGUAGUUAUACAUUUACCAGGCCUGUUUGAAGAAGCUGAAAAGAAUGAAAAGAAAGGUUUGAAAGACUGGGAGAAAAGGCUGAUUAUAUCAGAUAGAGCUCAUAUAGUGUUUGACUUUCACCAGGCAGUAGAUGGGCUCCAGGAAGUGCAGAGGCAAGCACAAGAAGGCAAAAAUAUUGGCACAACAAAGAAAGGGAUUGGACCAACAUAUUCUUCCAAAGCUGCUCGGACAGGCCUUCGGGUUUGUGACCUCCUCUCUGACUUUGAUGAGUUUUCUUCAAGAUUUAAAAACCUAGCACAGCAAUACAAGUCAAUGUUUCCCACACUGGAAAUAGAUACAGAAGGACAAUUGAAAAAGCUAAAGGGCUAUGCUGAAAAAAUCAGACCCAUGGUUCGAGAUGGUGUGUACUUCAUGUAUGAAGCUCUUCAUGGCUCCCCAAAGAAGAUAUUGGUUGAAGGAGCCAAUGCAGCAUUACUUGAUAUUGACUUUGGCACAUAUCCCUUCGUGACCUCCUCAAACUGCACCGUGGGUGGUGUGUGCACUGGGCUUGGAGUUCCUCCCCAGCACGUGGGUGAUGUGUAUGGAGUGGUGAAGGCAUACACCACCAGGGUGGGGAUUGGAGCCUUCCCCACGGAGCAGAUUAACGAAAUUGGAGAUCUGUUACAGUCCCGUGGCCACGAGUGGGGAGUGACCACAGGCAGAAAGAGACGCUGUGGCUGGUUAGAUCUUGUCAUUUUGAAAUAUGCUCAUAUGAUCAACGGAUUCACUGCUUUGGCAUUAACAAAACUGGAUAUUCUUGAUGUCCUUGAUGAAAUUAAAAUUGGUGUUGCCUACAAGUUGGGUGGAAAAAGAAUUCCAUAUUUUCCAGCUAACCAGGAGAUCCUACAGAAGGUGGAAGUAGAGUAUGAAACAAUGCCUGGGUGGAAGGCUGACACAACUGGAGCACGAAAAUGGGAGGACCUCCCACCCAAGGCCCAGAACUACAUCCGCUGUGUGGAAAACCACGUUGGUGUGCCAGUUAAAUGGGUUGGAGUUGGAAAAUCCAGAGAGUCGAUGAUCCAGCUGUUUUAAGCUAAUGAAGAAAUCCAGUGAUGAGAAGCACAACUUGGCAUUCAUCUGAUCCUUACUGCUUCCUCCUCGAAUGGAAAUGCUAUUUAAACCCAACAGGUUCUUCUAGGAAUUGAAUAUAAACACAACAUAUAUUCUGUAUUGUGACAUUUGAUUGAAGUUCUCAGUAAAUUCAGUGUAAAAUCUC